AUGAGCAACGAACCAGAGAAACCCCAAGAAGACCUUACCACGGUCCCUGCCGUCGGACCAGAAACCGCCGAAGUACCGCAACAAGCCAUUGAAGGCCUCGAACCACCCCCUGAUGGUGGUUACGGCUGGGUCUGCGUGCUCAGUGUCUUCAUCAUCAACGGCUUCUCAUGGGGCGUGCUUGCCUCGUACGGCGUCUGUCUGGCCUACUAUCUUGAAACAGACCUCUUCCCUGGUGCAACUUCCCUCGACUACGCCUUCAUUGGUGGCCUCAACUUCGGCUGCGCAAUGCUCGUAGCAACGCCUGUUACAAGCUUAACCCGCAUCUUGGGCACACAUAUCCCCAUGUACAUCGGCGUAUGUCUCCAGACCGGGGGAUUCAUUGCAGCGUCCUUCUCAAGCCGGAUCUGGCAUCUGUACCUCACUCAGGGUGCGCUUGUUGGCGUCGGCGUCGGCUUUAUCUACAUUCCCUCCAUAGCCGUUACAUCUCAGUGGUUCGACAAGAAGCGCAGUGUCGCAAAUGGUAUCAACAGCGCCGGCUCCGGCAUCGGCGGCCUUAUCUUCUCGUUCGCAACACGAGCCAUCAUCGACAAUAUCUCUCUGGGCUGGGCGCUUCGCAUCACCGGCCUGGUCAGCGGUAUUAUGAACGCCAUCGCCACAUCCCUCAUCCGCAACAGAAACGCCAUAAUCAAGCCGCCAAUGCGCGGCUUUGACGUCAAGCUCCUCCGCCGACCCACCGUCCUGCUCCUCCUGACCUGGGGCUUUGUCAGCAUGCUCGGCUACAUGACUCUGCUCUACUCCUUGCCCGACUUCGCGCGCUCGAUCGGCCUGUCGCCAUCACAAGCGGCCUCAACAGCCGCAUAUCUGAAUCUCGGCACCGCGCUCGGCCGCCCACUAAUUGGGUUCCUGAGUGACCGCUUCGGCCGCAUCCGUGUUGCCGGCCUUGCUACAGCCGUCAGCGGCAUCUCCGUCUUUACGCUUUGGCUACCGGCAGAAUCGUAUGGCCUCACUGUGUUCUACUCCCUUCUCAACGGUGCUGUGCUGGGCGUAUUCUGGAUGACCAUCAGCCCUCUAUGCGUCGAGGUCGCUGGACUUGCCGAGCUUCCCUCCCUGUUAGCCAUCACUUGGGGCGUUGUCAUCCUCCCCGUUACUUUUUCCGAAGUCGUCGCGCUGAAGCUUCGCCGUCCUAGCUUCGGGCGGUGGGAAUACCUCUACCCGCAGAUCUUCGCCGGGACGGCCUACCUUGUCGCCGCGGCGGUCCUGUUCGUGCUUGGGCGGAUGCAGCGGCGGGUGAAGACGCCGCCGCCAUGA